GUGCUAUUAGGUUAUAAUCUGUUACAGUGAAUGUUUAUACAUAUUGUUUAUUCCGGUAUUAAAUUUCUUAACAUUAAACAAAUUAAAAAGAUAUUAUAUUUUUAGCAUAUAAUGGGUAAAAAGAAAAAGGAAAAAAAUAAUAAGAUAGAUAUUUCCUUAGUAGAGAAAGCACCUGUGGGAUUCGAUACAUUUAUUCCAGAGGUUACGAUCAUUUUAACAGAGAGUUCUAUGAAUCUUACCAAGUUACAGAAAAUAGUAGAUCAAUAUCGAGCUUUCUAUUAUCAUAAAUUUUCAAUAUUGAAUGCUGAGACUUAUUCUAAAAGCUACAUUUUAAACGCAAUCUCUGAAUUUGUUAAACCUUCCACGGUUCGACCAAUCUAUUAUAAUAAAAACGGAUCAACAGUAUAUUUUCUUGCAAAUAACUGUUUGAAGAUCAUAAUGAAAAUAAUUAGUAAUAAGUUUAAAGUACCACAUUCCACAGAUACAGCUAAAGAAUUUGAAUUGGCUAUCUACGAGAACUGUAUGGCACCUGAAGAUGUACCACAUAUAGAUACAGAUAAAAAUAUUAAUCAAGUUUUAAUUAGACUGUAUGAUCGCAAUUUGUGUUGUCUUAAUUUAUCCAAUUUUGCCAAUAAUGACGAUUUAAUUGAAUAUUGUCCUUUAACUGAUAAACAAAUAUUCAAGCAAGUAAUGAAGCAAGCUGCAGUAUUAAAACCAAAUGAGGUUAAUUUAAGUCAAAAUUCUAUCAAAGAUACAUUUAGUAUACACUAUUUAGAAGACACUUUAAUGGUAUUAGAUAUAAGUUCUAAUAAUCUAGAAAGCAUGUCAUCUUUGAAUGCAUUACAAGGAUUCACUAAGUUGAAAGUGUUGAACUUAACAGACAAUCCGCUUUGUCAGAAUUAUGAUUCAUUUAAUUAUGUUAUGGAUGUGAAAAAAUACUGUCCUCGCUUACAGAUAUUGGAUGGAAAGAAUAUUGUAAUUCCGGACUUUGUAAAAAAUUUCGUUUGUACACCAGACGCACAAUAUUUGGCCACUCAGUUUCUUGAACAUUUCUUUACAAUCUAUGAUUCCUCUGAUCGAAUUGAUUUAGUCCAUUUGUAUGAUACCCAUGCAAUUUUUUCAGUAACUUCAAGAAUCAUUCCCCAUCAGAGUAACUCCAAGAUGGUUAAGUUAGGACACUAUGGAUCAAAGAACCCAUAUGCAGUCUAUGGUAUAGAAGAAAUCAUGAAACUGUUUCAGGAAUUUCCAAAAAGUUACCAUGAUCCAUAUCCUAUGGUUUGUGAUGUAACUUUGUUUGAUAACACCAACGCCCACCUCGUUGUCACAGGGAUUUUUAGAGAAUUCAAACAAAUUUUAUCUUUUUGUCGAAGUUUUUAUUUUCGCCAUUCAAAUAACGAGCUUAAAAUUAUAAACGAACAACUUCACGUUAGUAACGCACUAGAUUACCAAAUGGGAUGGAGUUUCAGUUUCCCUGUAGAUAUGAAGUACUUUGGAAACCCAUUACCUUACUAUAAAGAAGAGUUUAGACAGUUUGAGACAGCGAUGCAAAAAUUGACCAACAUGAAUUUAGAAUACUGCCAAAAGUAUCUGGUGUAUUGCAACUACGACUUGAAGAAAGCGCUUACACUGUUUUCAGAAUUAUAUAUUACUAAUGACGUGCCCAAGGAAGCUUUCGAAAUAGAGAAGUCAAAAUCAUCAAAUAAUUUAGAUACUGGUAUUUGUGAAGCUCUCAAGGAGAAAGUGCUUCAGAGACACGGCAGUAUUUCUUCGAAAACUAUUUGGGAUACUCUUAACAAUGACCGAAUAGAUAAUGAAAACUACUCUCCAAUAUCAAUAAAUAAAAGUAUUCUUAGGAUGUAUAAAAAGCCAGAAAUUUUAGUGAAUUAUGAAGAUUAUCCCAUACUGCAGGAUUCAACAAAUGUAAAACAAAAUUUCCGAGAUUAUUUCAGCAAGAAACUUCAAACGUCUCGUCAAUCGUUUCAAAAUCGAGAAGAAGAAUUAAAUAAAAAUGGGAAAACUCCAAGACCAACCUCUUCAGAUUUACCUCAGCCUUCUAAGCCAUUGGAUGUAUCCGUUUCCAAAACAUCCCAUGCAAACUCUUUACUUGAUUUGGCAAAUAAGAUCGCGCGUAAUAAGGAAUUCGUUGCGAUGCAGUUGAAAAAGAUGAAUGAAUCAACACAACAGAUGCCUCAAAGUUCAUCAGCGUUAUCAUUCGCCCCGCCCGAUUCACAACAACUCUCCACAAUUCCUGUUCGUACCCCACAAACCCGCCCAACAGCUGCAACGUUCUUCAAUUCCUCUAAAUCGUCCUCUAUUAAUUUCCCAGGGACAAGUGACUAUAUGACAGAAGUCAAAAAACCGAGAGUAUCUCAACUGGUGAACAUUCCACUAGUCCCCAAAACAAACUUAAUUUCAAAACCAACUCACGAUAAAAUUGUAAAUAAUUCGGAUUCUGCUGACGAAACCCAAAAUAAUGUACCCGUAGAUGUUCCUGUUACCGAAACUCUCAAUAGAGAUACAAUUACAAAACUUCGAGAAAACCUGCAGAAGAAAAAAGAAAAACUAAAAAUCAUGAAAAAUAAAUUGGAACUAAGUCCUAAGAAAAAAAUUGUAGAGGCCAAGAAAAAUGAAACAGCUAUAGUGCAGAGUACUUUUCCGAGCAUUAAUAUGGAAACUAAUGUAAACAAAGACAGGCUAUGUGGAAUCGAAUCAAUAGACGAUAAAAAUGAAACAAAUUCCAGCGAGAAAAAAAUUAUUUCAGAUUCUAAAAAGACAGAGGAUUUUUCGGAAUCUGCAAAUUCUAAUAAUAAGAAAAGUCCAAGCAAAGAUGAAAUGGGUACUGAUGACAAACAAUCUCGUCCAGUUAUUGAAAGACCUGGAAUCGAAACAUUUAUAAAAGAUAAUAACAUCAGAAGAAUAACUACCAUUACAAGUAAACACAUUGAAAAAGUGAAAUGUGGCGAAUCUGGAUCAACUCCUGAAAAUGAAGUAACAGUUGUGGUUAAAGAUGACGAAAAAUUUACUGAAGAAAUUGAAACAAAAACCACAACAGAGAAAAUAUCUCAUCCAGAAGGUUGUCAAAGAGAUACUAAUUUAGAAGUGGAUAACAACACAAAUAAGCAAGUUGAAUUAGAUGAAACGAAUACUGUCAAAUUACCAGACUUGUCAUCGCCAUCCAAAGACUCCUCUAAUGAGGAAUUGAUGGACACAUUGGAAGAAAUUCAACCUGUUGUAAUACCACAAAAUAAACCAAAACUUACAUUAUUAAAAUCAAGUGAUAUGAAAUUGAAAUUAAAAUCUUCUGAUGUAGACAGAUGCGAGUCUGAAGGAACUGAAUUUGAAGAUGAUAAAACAAUUAAUGAAAUAGCUGAUUCCAAAAAUAAAAGGAAAAAUAUUGUUGUGAAUAUAACUAGAAUGGUAAUAAACACGAACGAAAUGAUAGAAUCUCCAAGUACUGGACAGAAAAGGGAUCCGGAAAUAGUUUCAAUCACACCUGCCAAAACUAAACCCACCAUUAAAAAAGAAUCUCCAACUUCUAGUGUAGAUAAUGUUGAAGGUGAUAAAUCGAUAGCAACAGAUGCAAAAAAAGAAAAUGAGGAAUGCAAUAAAGUAAAACGCGCGGAAGAGAAAAUGGAAUCUGAUCAAAAUAUUGUGCAAGAAAAUGUCGAGAAGAAUGAUCUCAAAUCGAAGAUUAAACUAGAAUCCAUGUUCAAGCUUGACGAAAACGACGAGGACGAUGACGUUCCACUAAUUUUUUUGAACAUCGAAAGUGACAACGACGAUUAACACAUCCAAUAAUUGUAAUAUUUUUCCUUGGACAUCUCUUUGGAAAUAUUUUUUAUUAUUCAACACCAAAAGUUGAAAAUGUAUGUGUAACUCAUGUUGUAACAUUAAAGAAUAUGAAAAAAUGUCCUCGUUCAUAAUAGAC